UUUAGGAUGCAUUUAACCUAAGGGGUUGGUGUUUUAAUUUGAUAAUCGUUUUCUUGCGAUAUGAAAAUGAAAAAGCACCAUGAAUGGCAGUUAUGUAAAUCCAGUUCUACCAAAUGGUCCUCUUUUAAGCAAGUACCAGAAUUUUAAAAAUUUUGGAGGGAAAAACCCAAGAAAUGUACCUGCGAAUGCUGCGAUUUCAACCCAUUCUCAAACCCAAACCCACGCCCAUUUUCUUCUCCUCUCCAAGAACUUCGAACCACAAUCCCUUUCCUCAUCUUUUCUCUCUUCAAAAACACCAUCUUUCAUCUUCCUCCUCUUCCUCUCAAUGGUUCUCUCUUCUCCGCCAAGCAAUCUCCACCGCCGACUUGGCUCUUGGCAAGUCUAUUCACGCGCGCAUAUUGAAUUCUUUCCAGGACCCAGAUCGUUUUUUAACCAACAAUCUCAUUACAAUGUACGCCAAAUGCGGUUCACUUUUAUAUGCGCGCCGCAUGUUUGAUAUUAUGCCCGCCCGAGACCUCGUCAGCUGGAAUUCACUUCUGGCUGCAUAUGCUCAGUCCGGAGACCAUGACAUUGAGAACUUGAAAGAGGGUUUUCGUCUUUUUCGUGCUUUACGUGAGUCUAUUGUGCUGACUAGUCGGUUGACUCUGGCUCCUGUGUUGAAAUUAAGUUUGAUUUCCGGUUAUGUUUGGGCUUCUGAGGCGGUUCAUGGGUAUGCAGUGAAGAUUGGCUUGGAAUGGGAUGUGUUUAUUUCGGGGGCUCUUGUGAAUAUUUACUCGAAGUUUGGUAGAAUUAGGGAGGCCAGGCUUUUGUUUGAGGGCAUGCCAGAAAGAGAUGUUGUUUUAUGGAAUGUAAUGUUGAAAGCCUAUGUAGAAAUGGGUUUUGAAGAAGAAGUUUUUUGUCUCUUCUCAGAUUUUCUUAAGAGUGGGCUGCGUCCCGAUGAUGUGAGUGUUAAGUCUGUGCUGAGUGGGAUUUCUGAUAUUAGUUCUGAUACAGGCAGGAGAUACAAGGAGCAGGUUCAAGCUUAUGCAGUAAAGUUGUUUCUGUAUGAUGAUGAUUCAAAUGUGGUUUUGUGGAAUAAGACAUUGUCCGAACAUCUUCAAGUUGGUAAUAAUUGUGGUGCUGUUGAGUGCUUUGUGAAUAUGAUUAGAUCAAAUGUAGAGUAUGAUAGUGUUACAUUUGUAGUUGCUUUAGCAGCAGUUACAGGCAGUAAUAAUUUUGAUUUGGCGCAACAAAUCCAUAGUAUGGUUUUGAAAUCAGGUUUUAGUUCAUCAGUUUCAGUUGGAAAUAGUCUUGUCAACAUGUAUUCAAAAAUGGGCUACCUCUGGUUUUCUCAAAAAGUGUUCUCUGAUAUGAAUGAAUUGGAUUUAAUUUCGUGGAACUCAAUGAUAUCAAGCUAUGCUCAGAGAGGCUUGGAAAAGGAAUCAAUUAAUCUCUUUAAAGAUCUAUUGCAUAAUGGCUUGAUACCAGAUCAUUUCACUUUGGCAAGUGUUCUGAGGGCAUGUUCCUCACUGACAGAAGGCUUUUAUCUCAGUGAACAAAUUCAUGUCCAUGUGAUAAAAACUGGUAAUGUCACUGACACUUUUGUGUCAACUGCUCUUAUUGACGUUUAUUCAAGGAGUGGAAAAAUGAUGGAGGCAGAAGAAGUAUUUGAAAGAAAAGAUGAAUUUGAUUUGGCAACUUGGAAUGCAAUGAUGUUUGGGUAUAUAUUGAGUAAUGAUAGUCACAAAGCACUGAAACUCUUUUCUCUGAUGCAUGGAAGUGGGGAGAGAUCAGAUCAGAUAACAUUAGCAACUGCAGUGAAAGCUUGUGGCUGCUUGUUGGGGUUAAGACAAGGGAAGCAAAUUCAUGCUUAUGUGACAAAGUCUGGGUUUGACUCAGAUUUAUGUGUUAGCAGUGGUAUUCUAGAUAUGUCUGUCAAAUGUGGAGACAUGGUUGAUGCCCACUUAGUGUUCAAUGAUAUCCCUGCACCCGAUGAUGUCGCCUGGACAACUAUGAUAUUUGGUUGUGUUGAAAAUGGAGACGAAGAGCGUGCUCUUUCUAUAUACCAUCAGAUGAGGCUGUCUGGGGUCCUACCCGAUGAAUAUACAUUUGCUACCCUUGUCAAAGCCAGCUCUUGUCUGACAGCAAUAGAACAAGGGAGACAAAUUCAUGCAAAUGUGAUCAAGUUGGAUUGUGCUUUCGAUAUUUUUGUUGGGACUUCUCUUGUUGACAUGUAUGCCAAGUGUGGGAACAUAGAAGACGCAUAUCAAUCGUUUAAACAAAUGAAUGUGAGGAACAUUGUCUUGUGGAAUGCCAUGUUGGUGGGUUUAGCUCAACACGGAAAUGGUGAAGAAGCCCUUAAACUUUUUGAAGUCAUGAAAGCUAAUGUUGUUGAGCCUGAUGGAGUUACCUUUAUUGGUGUACUUUCUGCUUGUAGUCAUUCUGGUUUAGUUUCUGAGGCUUAUGAAUAUUUCCAUUCAAUGCAUGACAAAUAUGGUAUUGAGCCUGAGAUUGAGCAUUACUCUUGUCUGGUUGAUGCCCUGGGGCGUGCAGGACGCACUCAAGAGGCAGAGGAGCUUAUUGUGUCAAUGCCAUUUGAAGCUUCUGCAUCUAUGUACAGAGCCUUGCUCGGUGCUUGCAGGGUUAAGGGAGACACAGGAACUGGGAAACGGGUGGCAGAGCAGCUAUUGGCCUUGGAACCAACUGAUUCAGCAGCUUAUGUUCUGCUGUCCAAUAUCUAUGCUGCUGCCAACCAAUGGAAUGAUGUUACUGCUGCUCGAAAAACUAUGAAGAGGAAGAAUGUUAAAAAGGAUCCAGGUUUUAGUUGGAUAGAUGUCAAGAAUAAGAUUCAUUUGUUUGUAGUGGAUGAUAGGUCCCAUCCACAAGGUGAUUUGAUAUAUGAUAAGGUGGAGGUUCUGAUGAAAAGGAUUAAAGAAGAAGGAUAUAUCCCUGAUACGGACUUUGUGCUUCUUGACGUGGAAGAAGAAGAAAAAGAGCGUGCUCUCUAUUACCACAGCGAGAAAUUAGCAAUAGCUUUUGGACUCAUAGGCACUCCUCCAUCAACCACCAUUCGAGUAAUAAAGAAUCUUCGUGUUUGUGGAGAUUGCCAUAACGCAAUAAAAUACAUAUCUAAAGUGUCAGAACGAGAAAUUGUAUUGAGAGAUGCAAAUCGCUUCCACCAUUUCAGGGAAGGAAUCUGCUCUUGUGGUGAUUACUGGUAAUGUCAGAAUUGAA